CAUUUCCCAUUAAGGUGUUGUUUUCUUCAAUUUCCAGCAGUUUACACCUGUCAACAUUCCUAUCGACCUACAGCAUUAUAAAAGCGUUAUAAAAGCAGUCCGCGAUAUUGCAUUUAUAGACCCUCCAACUUGCCUUCCCUAUCCCCUCAUUUUUUGCUCUACAUAUCGCCCGCUAAAUCUCUGUCUUCAUUUUGUAGUGUUUUAUUAGUUCCUGCCACAUGAAUUGCAUGCAGAAAAUUAACUCUUUAUUAUAAUUCUAACAGCCACAAAGCAUUUUCCAACAAAACGCCCUUCGCGCCAUUUUUGAACCCAGACCCAGACACCGUGCGCGAAAGUCCGAAAAGGUAUUUGACAUCAAACCACUUUGCUUCCCUGCCCAACUGCCUCUGUCUGCACCUGUAACUCGCCCAUGUCAUGUGUUGAUCCGAGAGACACCGUCAUACCUUCUACUUCAUUCAACGCGCUGUUACUUAUUGCCAAAGUUUUCAUUCUUUGAAUCGUGCCUGCCAAAACCAGUGGAGGAAUCCGAAUCUCCUUUUAGAGCAGCUAUGGCAGGUGUUACCACGCCUCCCACUGAUGUCAAUGCUGGCCCAGGUUCAGCUGGAGUGCAUUCCGAUUCCACAAAGAAAAAGGAUGCCCUUAUUAACCAUAUGGACAUAAAUGUUCCCGAGGCUGAGAAGAGAAUUAAUGGAGCCUUAAACCUUCAUGACUUCUACACUGUUUACCUCAUAGAAACAAAGGUGACAGAUCCUGUCUGGCUUCAGAAUCAGAAGGAUGGUACUAUUGUGCGACUGGGUAGCCUCUGGCGCCGAUAUACAGAAUUUGAAGUUUUACAUAACUAUUUAUCGUCUAUGUACCCUUACAUAGUCCUUCCUCCACUCCCUGAAAAACGUGUCAUGUUCUCCUGGCAGAAGGUGGCAACUGACACAUUUGAUCCAGACUUUGUAGAUCGUAGAAGAGCUGGUUUGGAGAAUUUUUUAUUACGAAUUGCAUCCCAUCCAAUUUUGUCAUUCAAUCAACAGUUUUUGGCAUUUCUUCAGCAAGAGCAAGGAUGGCAGCCAAACGCAAAAGAACAUGGUUACCUGCAGCAGCUGGCUGAGUCCACCCAAAAGUCUAUGAUAGGUCUAAGAGAAUUAGACAAGAGAUUUGAGCAGGUAAAAAAUUAUAGCAACGAACUACAGGGUAAUAUGACUAAUAUUUUAAGAGUUCGAGCCAUAUUGGCUGAGAGAUUGUAUGGAAUUCAUAAACUUCAUGCUAACUAUGGAAGAGUUUUUAGUGAAUGGAGUGCAGUGGAAAAAGACAUGGGGGAUGGCUUGCAGAAAGCGGGGCACUAUCUUGAUAGUGUGGCUGCAGGUAUUGACACUGCUCUGGAAGAAGAAGAACUUCUUGCAGACCAGCUGAAGGAAUAUCUAUUUACUGCUGGGGCUCUUCACACAGUCUGCUGUCGGCAUGAAAUGUUACAAUUCCAAGUAGAACGAGCUCAGGACUUAGUUCAGCAACAUGUUUCAAAACUAGAACGAGUACAACAAGGCAAGACAAGUUUAAUGUCUCGUAUAUUUGGUACAGUUGAUACAGAUGAGUUACGGGAAGAACGUGUUAGUGUACUUGAGCAAAGAAUUGAAGAGCACAAAGGGAGUGUAAGCAAUACAAUCGAACAGAGAGACACAUUUUCUAAAGCUGCUCUGGUUGAUAUUGAACGUUUUCAAGAACAGAAAGUCAUUGACAUGAGAGAGACUUUUGCCAAUUACAUAAUGCUACAAAUGAAAAUUGCUCGUAAAGGCCUGCAAACUUGGACUCAUAUAAGGGAUUGCCUUGAAAGCAUCAAUUAAAUAGUUAUCUUGCUUUAAGCUUUUCACAUUUUCUUAUUGUUCAUUUCUGGUCUCUGUUUAAGUGUUAAGGGAUAAUUUCUUUUCAUUCCUGGGGAUCAAUCUCCAACAGUAUUGUUAAUUCAACUAAGUAGUACUUUCAUUCUGUGAUUAUUCGUUUGUAUUAAGAAGUUACAUCACAAUCUCUUUCUUAGCUUCUCUUGUACAGAAGAUGAUAUUCUGAGAAAUUUGGAAGAAUAGUACUUGAAAACCAUUUGAGUCUAGUCUUGGAUGUGUAGUCACAUGCACAUCCUCUCUUCAGAGAUUUUCUCUCCAGAUUUAGGUGGGACCAUAUUUUACAGAAAUUGAUUUUAUUUGUCUGUGCUGACACCUAUGAAUUUGAUAUUGGUGUUUUUGUUUUGUUUUUGUGAAGUGUUUAAUUGUUGAUAUUAUUGUGUUGCAAAUGAAAUGUAUAUUCACCCCUUGUUAUAAGUUCAUAAUAUAUUUUUUAUGUUUGUUAUAAAUUAUAAACAAAAAUCCUGUGA